AUGCUGGCGUCACUCGGCAGCAUCGGGGGCAGCUUCUUUGAGGACGGGUCGGGCAGCGAGGGGGACGACGAGCCGCCAGACGCCGCAGCGCUGCACACGGGGCAGCGGCUGCAGCCCUCUGGUGCAGCCUUUGCCGGCGGGCCCAUCCCAGAGCUGCAGCCGCACCGGCACUAUCAGCACGCGGUGGGGUGGGGCCCGCUGCCCUCGCAGCAUUCUGUUGGCGGCGAAUACAACAAUGUUGGCGGCGCUUAUGCUGCAGACCCCGGGAUGAGUGCCAGCGUGGACACCUUCUCGGCAGCUUCCCCUGUCAGCACCUGGCCGCCGCAGGGGCCAGGCUCCAGCUUUGGCGGCUGGAGCGCCCUGUUUGCGGCCGACGGCCCGCGGCAGGCGGUGCAGGAGACGGCAGCCACGGCGUUGCAGCGGCAGCAGCAGCAGCAGCAGCAGCAGCCCGACCAGCUGCUGCACAUCGUGGGCGCGCACCCCAUAACUUUGCUGCCCGCCUUCGGCUCCGAGGCGCAAGCCCUGCCCGGCAGCAAGACCGCUGGCUCCUCCGCCCGCACCAAGCACGGCAGCGCCAAGCGUCGCACCGCCGCGGGUCGCCGCUCGGGCGGGUCCCCGCCCGGCGGCCCGCCGCACUUCCAGCACCUCGUGUUUGGCGGCGGCGGGGCGCGCACGAUCGCGUACGCCGGCGCCGUUCACGCGCUGCGCACGCUGGGGCUGGUGCGGCGCCUGGACAGCGUGGCGGGCGCCAGCGGUGGCUCCAUCCUGGCGGUGAUGGCGGCGCUGGACCUGGGGCCGCAGGAGGUGAGGGCCAGUGGGGACAGGGGGGUGGGAUAG